AUGGCAAUGGCAAUGGCAAGUUCUGGAAGAUGUGCAGUAUCCUUCAGGAGCACCUUCGCUGUCAAUAAACCCUCGGAUCUUGGCUUCGUCACCUCGCAGUUGAGCGGCCUCAGAAUCUGCUGCCCUAAAUUUCCCAACCCGCCCCUCACCGCUUCUUCCCCACUCUCCGCGCCUCUCCCCAUCGUUGCCAGGAGGGUGUGUCCUUUCACUGGAAAGAAAUCAAACAGGGCUAACAAAGUGUCAUUUUCAAACCAUAAAACAAAGAAACUGCAGUUUGUGAACCUUCAGUACAAGAGAAUUUGGUGGGAAGCGGGGAAGCGCUAUGUAAAGCUUCGUUUGUCAACUAAGGCAUUGAAAACGAUAGAGAAGAAUGGACUCGAUGCAGUUGCGAAGAAGGCUGGAAUUGAUCUCAGGAAAAAAUAA